AUGUUGUUCAAAUCUUUCGUACUCCUUUCGUGCUCACUCCUCGUUGUCGCGGCUCCCGCCCCAGAGCAACGGAGAGCUGCUGCUGGCAAAGCAAUUGGCCAGAAGCAACCUGCUGUUAGCGCUUCGGCGCUGCCACGGCCACUAGUGCUGUCAGCGCGGCGGGCACAAGUACAGGCUCUGCGGCAAGCUGCCGCGUCUACUAGCGUGGCUAGCGGAAACGACGCCGCUGCCAACAGCACGAACUCGGGCGAUGCACAGAGCUCGUUGACCCUCUUGCAGUCGGUCAUUGCCACUGGCUUCGAGAAUGACGGCCAGCAGCCCCCCGUGGCUGGACAAUCUCCCUCGCUGACUUCAGGAAACAACUUCAUCAACUUCUGUGCGACGGUGCCCGGCAAGCCCAUCACAAAUGGCCAGCAGAUUAAGACGGGAAGCUGUAACCCGGCGCCCAUGGGUAUCAUCGCUGCUACGACGAACAUGCCUUCAUCAAAGUUCGUUUUCCCGAAGAACACAGACAGCAUUCCCGCGAACACGAGUUUCACAGUCCGCAUGGCACUCAACAAUCUCCAGGCGGGCACGUUUGUCAAUGCGCAAGCCAACUAUUACUCCGCGCCCCAGCAGGUCAACGGACAAGGGGCAAUCAUCGGCCACACGCACGUCGUCAUCGAAAAGCUGACCUCGCUCGACCAGACGACCCCGACGGAUCCUAACGUCUUCGCAUUCUUCAAGGGCGUCAACAGUGCUCAGACGAACGGAGAGGUCACCGUGGAUCUCGACAAUGGCCUGCCUGCGGGCUUCUACCGCAUUGCGUCCAUCAAUUCCGCCGCCAACCAUCAGCCCGUACUUGUUGCGGUUGCCCAGCACGGCUCGCUAGACGAUAUGGCCUACUUCACGGUUACGGAUUCCGGAGCAGCAGCAGGUAAUGCGACUGCCACGACAGGAACAGCGGCUGUUGCGAGCACGGCAGCAGCAGGCAAUGCGACUACGGUGGUGGGAACAGCGGCCGUUGCAAGCACCGCGUCAGCUAACUCAACUGUCGUGGCGGGCGCGUCCACCGCUGCCGCUGCCAAGACUGCCAUCAUCGCGUCAUCAACCCCGAAGACCGCUGGCACUGGCACCGCUUUCAAAGCAAUUGGUGGAAAGAAGAACUAGAGCGUGCUCGAGGUUGGAUGCCAUACACUGCUCGAAAUCUCCUGUAUGGGGUAUUUAUAAAUUAUUGAUGGAGAUAGAGAUGGGUGUGUGAUUUGGAUCUCAUUGUGAUAUACUCUACGAGCAAAAGAAGAACUUACGAAAUGCGGUC